AUGGCGACUCUAGAGCGCGUGAAGCAAUUCCUCUGGGGUCCCCCCUCUCGGGAUCGCUCGCUGCUCGUGAAGCUAGACUUUACCCUUCUGCCCUACUUUUCGCUCAUGUGGUUCUUGUUCGGCAUUAAUCGCUCAAGCUACUCGACCGCAUACAUUAGCGGCAUGGAAAAAGACGUCGGCUUCAAGGGCAAGGACUUCAACUACAUGCACACGAUAUACACCGUAUUCUACGCUGUCGCCCAAAUUCCCUCAACGUCCCUCCUGACAAUAUUCAAACCGAAAUAUGUGUUUGUUGGCUGCAAUGUGGUGUGGAGCGUGUUGACACUGGUGACAUUCAGGAUGAACCAUGUUUACCAGUUGUUUAUUCUCAAUGGUUUUGAGGGUGCAUUUGCGGCUGUGUGUUAUGUCGGUGGCCAUUUUAUUUAUGGGAGUUGGUAUAAAAAGUCGGAGCUGGGCACUCGCGCAGCCGUCUUCUGUUGUUUUGGCCACCUGGGAAGUAUGACCGGAGGCUGGAUUCAAGCAGGUCUCCUCAGCUCCCUUGAUGGCCGCGCCGGUCUCGCUGCCUGGAGAUGGCUGUUCAUUAUCGUCUCUAUCAUCACUAUACCAAUCGUCAUUCUUGGAUGGGUCGUGAUCCCUAAUCUGCCCACCCACAAGAGUGCUUGGUUUCUCACCGACGAGGAGAAGGACUGGGCCGUAGAAAGACUUGGAAAGCACAAAGAAUUCACCUGGGAUAUAACCGUUUUGCGACGAGUCUUGACGAGCUGGCAGUUCUAUCUCUUGCCAUUCAUCUUCAUGUUGUACUCCCUAUGCGUGCAGAUGUUGUUGAAUAACGUUAUGCCUCUAUGGAUGAAGUCGCGCGGGUACACUGUUAUCCAGCAGAAUACCUACCCGACUGGCGUGUUCGCCACAGCCAUUGUCGGCACUAUUCUUUAUGCAAUAUGGUCCGAUGCAAUCCAGUCUCGUUGGCAGCCCUCUCUGGCUAUUGGGGCGACCUUUGUUGUGGGCAGUGCUAUUCUCGUAUCCAACCCCAGCAGUGACGGCGCCGUGUUCUUCGCCUUUUACCUCCUAGGCACAACUUACGCGCCUCAAGCCAUCUGGUACUCCUGGAUGGCCGAUGUCACAGCACAUGAUCUCCAGCUGCGUGCUAUCACGACCGGGUGGAUGAAUUCCUUUGACUUCGCCUUUGUGACGUGGUGGCCGUUGAUCUUCUACCCAGUCACCGACGCGCCGAAUUACAGGAAGGGUUAUAUCGCUAGCUUGGCCACCGGGGCGGCAGUCAUUCCACUCAUCUUGUUGAUUGCCUAUCUUGAGAAGAAAGGUCGUGCAAGCGGAAAGAUUGGUCGCGAAUUUGAACAUGAGCAGGUACAUAGUGGAAAUGCUUCCACCUACAGCGGUGCCGAGGCGGGUCAGGCCAGAGAGACAGCUCAAAGGCCAAGCAAAUUGUGA